UUCGUUGCCAAGCAACCAAGCAUGUCACAAUUUUGUAAACAAAAAAUUAAUGCUACUUUAAGCUGAAAAAUCAUUAAAACCAGACAAAAUAUGUUGUAAAAUACACAAAGGCUUGUUGAAAAACAUUUUUCGCGGAGUGAAGUUUAAAGAAGCUGAGAGCAAUGCGCGGAGUACUGAAAUGGGUGCAAAAAAUUGAAUUUCCCAACACUAAAGAUGACCAAGUUCGUGUACACUCACUAUGCUAUCACCCGGAUGGCAAGCAACUAGUGGUUGCAGCUGGUGAUCGAGUGCUUAUUUACGAUCCGGAUGGAACCCUGCUGAAUACACUAAAAGCACACAAGGAUGUGGUAAAUUGUGUUGCAUAUGCCCGCGAUGGCAAAAAGUUUGCCAGUGGUGCUACAGAUAAAACUGUGAUUGUGUGGACACCACAAUUGGAGGGCUUAUUGAAGUAUUCGCAUAGUGACUCCGUACAGUGUAUGUGCUUUAACCCAGUCUCACAUCAGUUGGCAUCUUGCUCCCACAGUGAUUUCGCAUUUUGGUCUGCAGAUCAGAAAGCCGUACAAAAGUAUAAAAUAUCAACACGCAUCAACUCAUGUUCAUGGACAAAUGAUGGACAGUAUUUAAUACUUGGUCUAGCUAAUGGUAGUAUUUCCAUAAGAAGCAAACUAGGUGAGGAAAAAGGACGUUUUGAGCGCCCAGGUGGCUCCAGUAGUAAUGUAUAUAGUCUGCAAUGCUGUCCCAUAUCCAGCUCUGAUGUCAUUGGUGUAGCCGACGGGAGUCAGACUCUUUCCUUUCAUACAUUAAGUGGCCAGAUGAUUGGCAAAGAACGUGCACUUGGUUUCGAACCACUUUGCUUAACAUACUUUCCUAAUGGGGAAUAUUGCGUAGUGAGUGGUUGUUCGGAUUCAUUACAUUUCUUUACCAAAGAAGGUGUUCGCUUGGGCACACUCGGCGAAGGUUUCAAAUCAUGGAUAUGGUCUGUUGCAAUACAUCCAAAUGGCCUGUCAUAUACCAUUGGCUGCCAGAAUGGUACACUCGCUUGCUUUAAUAUCGUUUCCAGUACCGUUCACGCUUUGUAUCGGGAGCGCUAUGCAUUUCGUGAAAAUAUGUGUGAUGUCAUCAUACAGCAUUUGAUAUCAGGACAAAAAGUACGCAUCAAGUGUCGAGAUUUGGUACAAAAAAUAGCUAUUUACAGAAAUCGUUUAGCAGUACAGUUGCCAGAGCGUGUAGUCCUAUAUGAGUUGAGUUCAGGCGAAGAACAGCCAAUGCAUUAUAAAGUAAAAGAGAAGAUACAGAAGAAAUUCGAUUGCAGUUUGUUGGUGGUAUGCGCACGGCAUAUAGUGCUUUGCCAAGAGAAACGUCUGCAAAGCUUGGAUUUCAAUGGUGUAUUACAACGCGAUUGGAUAAUGGACUCGUUCAUAAGAUACAUUAAAGUCUCUGGUGGACCAGCUGGCCGCGAAGGGCUACUUGUUGGUUUGAAGAGCGGACAGGUAUUUCGUAUAUUUUUGGACAACUCACUACCACUAAUGAUAACCAGCGUUGUAUCAGCAGUGCGGUGCUUAGAUAUAAAUGCUAAUCGCACGAAAAUCGCGGUAGUAGACGAUACUGGUCGUUUGGUAGUGCGGGAUAUAGUUAGUGAUACAUUACUUUAUCAGGACACGGGUGUAAACUCCGUAACAUGGAACACACACUUGGACUCAAUGCUUUGCUAUACGCACACAAUCGGUGGGCUGAGCAUUCGUGUUGGUAGUCUCCCACCACGUGGGCCGCAAAAUAUGCUUGGAGUAGUAGUGGGUCUUUGUGGUGCUACGGCAUUCUGUUUGCGCGGCAAUGUUAUGCAUAACAUACCUCUAGCGCUAGGUGCUACAAUGUGGCAAUUUGUGGAAGCAGGUCUCUUCGAUGAGGCUUAUCAAGUUGCUUGCUUGGGUGUGACCACAGCGGAUUGGGAGGGUCUGGCGCAGUCGGCCUUAGAGGCGCUUCAUCUGCAUAUAGCACGCGAUGCUUAUGUAAAAGUACGCAAUCUAUCAUGGUUGCAGUUAAUAGAUGAGCUAUGUGAGAAACAAAAACGUGGAGAAUCGCCUAAAGAGGUUUUACAAGGCGAAAGUUGUGCAUAUGCUGGCAAGUAUAAGGAAGCUGCACGCCUCUUCCAAAAGUGUAAUCAGCCAGUGCGCGCAUUGGAAAUGUAUACGGACUUGCGUAUGUUCGAUUUGGCUCAGGAAUUUAUAAAAGAUGGCUCGGACGAAGCGAAACGUGAUUUGGUGAAAAAGCGCGCAGAGUGGGCGUACUCGGUGAAGGAACCGCGCGCUGCUGCUGAGUUGCUCUUAUCAGCUGGCGAAAACCAAAGAGCUAUCGACAUUGUUGCCGAACAGGGUUGGGCAGAUAUUUUGUAUGACAUCGGUCGCCGAUUGAGUUUGAGUGAGAGAGCACCACUGGAAUCAGUAGCAUUCAAUUUAAAACGUUUAAAAGCAUUGCCUUUAGCUGCUGAAAUAUUUAAAAAACUUGGCGACGAAGCGCAAGUCAUUCAGCUACACGUUGAAGCUCACGAUUGGCCGGAGGCUUUCAGGUUGGCUGAAAAUAUGCCCGAGAUGCUGCCCACGGUGAACUACCAGCAUGCGCAAUGGCUCGCUGAAUCAGAUAAAUUCAUUGAAGCACACGAAGCAUACUUGAAAGCGGGACGUUUAAAAGAUGCCAAUCGGUUGCUGAAACAGCUGAGUACAUCGGCAAUCGAAGAGGAACGCUUUCUGGAUGCCAGCUACUUCUACUGGUUAUUGUCCAAGCAGUAUUUGGACAUCUAUUAUAAGAAAUCAGAGCAAACACCAACAGACCAUCAUUACAAGGAGUACCAAAGCCAUUUACGCAUCGCCAAAGUGUACUAUGCUUAUAGCGUAAUAUUCAAUUAUAUGAAAGAACCAUUCACAACAUAUUCACCUGUAAGUUUGUUUAACGUCAGUCGUUUCAUAUUGAAUGAGGUGGAGUACAAAGGCACACCAAAAGGAGUUAGCUUAUUUGCGGUAUUAUUCACUUUAGCAAAACAGGCGAAAUUAUUGCAGGCUAACAAGUUGUGUUUGGUUGUAAACAAGCGCUUGCAGUCUCUCAAGCCACCGGCGGGUGUACAGGAACAAAUUGAUAUAAACUACUUGAAUAGUAAAGCCUGCAAAAGUGGAUUCAAUGAUCCGGAAGAGCUUUUACCACUCUGCUACAAAUGCUCAAAUUAUAGCCAACACUUGAACGGUAAUAAUUGUCCGACUUGCAAGCAGGAUUAUAUAUUUUCAUUUAUAUCAUUUGAGAUACUACCAUUAGUAGAAUUUCACCCAGAAGUCGAUAUAAGUGAUGCAGAGGCAGAACGACUAUUACUCGCGCCACCUAAACCAGCAGAGGAAGGUGAUCCCUUCAGCGAGGAUGUUGCUAGUGCUUUACCGUUAAGUUUGGAUCGAAACGCGUUGCGUGCUAUAGACCCAAGUCACAUUUUAAUUGUAAAACGUCGUGAAAAUAAUUUAAAAAAUAUUUACUACCGCAAUAUUUUACCAGAUUUACAAGUAACUUUUUGUCCCGAAUGUUUGUUGGUAUUCUAUUCGGAAGAUUUUGAACUACAAGUAUUACAGAAGGGACACUGUCCAUUUUGUCGUACAACAUCAGAGAAACUGUUUGAUGAAUAUUUAUAAUGGACUAAGUAUAAGAUAUUUAUGUAAUUAUUCAUGCAAUAAAAAAAUAAAAUUUACAAUGUAAAAUUUUUCAACAACCUAAAUAUUUG